UAUGAUAUGGCCUUAUGAGCUCUAAAUCGGCAGCGUACGACCUGCUUCCGAGAGCCCAAAACCUCGUGCGUCUUUUGCAGUCAUGCAUCUCCGAUCGAACCCACCGCCGCCGCCUCCCCCCCAUCCACGCCCAAUCCGUCGUCGCUGGCGUCGAAUCCGACCUCUUCUUGAACAACCUUCUCCUCAAUGGCUACUCCAAGGCGGGCCGCCUCCGAGAAGCCCGGCAGCUGUUCGACAGAAUGCCCCGGACUAACCUAAUAUCUUGGUCCACGAUGAUCUCCAUGUGUGCGCAGCAUGGACGAGAGGAGGAAGCCAUUGCCCUCUUUUCGCGCUUCCGGAGGUCCUCCUUCGGGUGCCCUAAUGAGUUCAUCCUCGCCAGCGUCCUUCGUGCCUGCGUCCAGUUGCGUGCGGACAGUUUUGCCUGCCAAGUUCAGGAUCUUGUCGUAAAGACUGGUUUCUGUUCGGACGUAUUUGUGGGUACUGCAUUGAUCAACUUCUAUGCGAAAAUUGGAUGCAUGGAUGAGGCGAUGUUAAUAUUCGAUGAGCUGCCGGUGAGGAACUCGGUCACCUGGACCGCAGUCAUCACAGGGUAUUCUCAAGUAGGGAAAAGCUGGAUAUCGUUGGAGCUAUUCGAUGAAAUGAGGGAGUCGGGAGUUGAGCCCGACAGGUUUGUUCUUUCGAGUGUCAUCAGUGCUUGUUCGGCUGAAGAUUUUCUUGAAGGCGGAAGGCAAAUCCAUGGUCAUCUGUACAGGGGCGGAACCGAUAUGGAUAUUUCGAUCAACAAUGUUCUCAUUGACCUGUAUUGCAAGUGCGACAGAGUACGAACUGCACGAGGGCUGUUUGAUCGGAUGUGCGUCAGAAACCUUGUCUCAUGGACCACAAUGAUUGCUGGGUACAUGCAAAAUUCAUUAGAUUCUGAAGCGAUUGAUUUGUUCUCAGAAAUGACCCAAUUAGGAUGGCAGGCAGAUAGAUUUGCUUGCACAAGUGUUCUCAGUUCUUGUGGGUCCUUGAUGGCCUUACUGCAAGGGAAGCAAGUGCAUGGAUAUGCCAUCAAGGCGAAUUUGGAUGCCGAUGAGUAUGUUAAGAAUGGGCUUCUUGAUAUGUAUGCCAAAUGCAAUUCUUUGGAUUGUGCGAGAGUCGUCUUUGAUGUCAUAUUCGAACAUAAUGUGAUCUCUUUUAAUGCCAUGAUCGAAGGAUAUGCCAGGCAUGAGAAGCUGGUUGAGGCGGUUAGUCUGUUCAACAGGAUGAGAUCCGGAACAUUGAAUCCAACCCUUCUGACAUUUGUGAGCCUACUUGGUGUAUCUGCAUCAUCGUCAGCUGUGGAUUUGAGCAAACAGUUUCAUAGCCUUAUGAUCAAAUUUGGAGCAGCAUUGGACUUAUUCGCAGGUAGCGCUCUGGUUGAUGUUUACUCUAAGUGCUCAUUUGUUGAUGAUGCGAGAGCCAUUUUUGAUGAGAUGGAAAACAAGGAUCUCGUGGUGUGGAAUGCGAUGAUUUAUGGGUACACUCAGAAUGGGCAAGGGGAAGAGGCCCUCAAGCUCUUCCAUCAACUCCAAGUUUCCAGUUUGACACCUACGGAAUUCACUUUUGUUGCACUGGUCACUGUAGCUAGUAAUCUUGCAAGCCUAUUCCAUGGGUUACAGUUUCAUAGCUUGAUCAUUAAGGCAGGAGUAGAUUUGGAUCCCCAUGUCUCGAAUGCGCUUGUUGACAUGUAUGCAAAAUGUGGUUGCAUCAUUGAGGCAUGGAGAUUAUUUGAUUCAACGCGUGGAAGAGAUGUUGUGUGUUGGAACUCAAUGAUCUCAAGAUAUGCACAACACGGGCAAGCUGAAGAAGCCCUAAAGAUUUUUCAGCUGAUGCAUGAUGAGGAAAUUGAACCAAACUAUGUCACAUUUGUUGGUGUGCUAUCAGCAUGCAGCCAUGCAGGGCUUGUUGAGGAAGGGCUGCAUCAUUUCUAUUCUAUGAGAGACAAAUAUGGGGUUGUACCAGGAAUUGAACAUUAUGCUUCUGUUGUUAGUCUCUUGGGUAGAGCAGGAAAGGUGCUCGAGGCUAAGGAAUUUAUUGAGCAAAUGCCAAUUGAGCCAGCUGCAAUUAUUUGGAGGAGCUUGCUUAGUGCAUGUCAAGUGUCUGGUGAUGUCGAAUUGGGAAAGUAUGCAGCUGAAAUGGCGAUAUCAGCAAACCCCAAAGACAGUGGACCUUAUGUGUUAUUAUCAAAUAUCUUUGCUUCCAAGGGAAUGUGGGUCGAUGCGGAGAAGGUUAGGAAGGGAAUGGAUUGCAGUUUGGCAUCAAAAGAACCAGGAUAUAGUUGGAUCGAAGUGAUGAAGGAGGUACAUGUGUUCAUCGCUAGAGGUAGGGAGCACCGGCAAGCAGACUUGAUCUACUUCAUGUUGGAUGGGCUAACAAAACUUAUCAAAGAUGUUGGAUAUGUACCGGAUAUCACCCUACUGUCGACCAAUGAUGGAAAUGAUUAAGGUCAUCUUGAGCAGAGUUGUUUACAUCUUAUGCUGCAUCAUAUCCGAUCCAAAUAGCUAGUCGUGUAAUAUGCAUAAUAGAUGUACAUUGGAUAAGGAGUUGAUUUCAAUUCUGGGAUCCUUGUAUUAUCGAAGGGCACAAGUCCUCAAAAUUUUGGGAUAGGGGAGUAUGUCCUUUAGUUAUAAUGGAUUGUGUCUGUAUAAUUUUUCCUAGAUUUCAAUGAAAGGCAAAAUAUUCUUGUAUCAUGUUCCCAUAAGUUCAG